AUGUGCCCCGCUGCGUCCUCGACCUCAAGCUGGGAAGAAAUUGUUCAACUCAGGCCAACAGGCCUAGCUGAUGUUGAGGAUCUGCUCGACCUUGGUGGCACACUUGUCAGCGUCUUCCCACAUGGUGAAGGUUUCAAGCUCAAUUUUGCGGUAGAUGCGGGAGGGAAUGCCGCUCAGGUCCCCAUACCCGGAGCAGUCUGCCAGACCCUUGAACAGCAUGGAAAACUCCGCAGCAGUGCAUUUUUCACAAACCGACUUGUCUGCACAGAGUUUGGCCAGCUCUACCUGAGCCACUGCUUCAUCAUUGAGGUUGCCAAAGCGGGCUUUGGAAGCCAUGACAAAAGCUGCCUCAUUUGCAAAGGAGGUCAUUACUCCCUGAACCCUGAGUUGCACUGA